AUGGCUUCUGAGCUUGAUUUGUCAACGAGCUUCAUUCCGGCAUUGUACAAGCCGGCAGCAUUGCUACCCAUCGCAAGACACAAGAAAAGUCUUCUUUAUCUGGUUGAGACUUACCCAGUCACCAUAGUUGUGGGCCAGACAGGCAGUGGAAAAACGACCCAGCUUCCACAAUACCUCGAUCAAGCGGGCUGGUGUGAGAAUGGCAAGCUUAUCGCGGUGACACAACCUCGGCGGGUUGCUGCCACAACAGUUGCAACCCGAGUUGCGGAGGAGAUGCGCUGCAAAGUCGGCGAGGAAGUUGGGUAUUCAAUCCGUUUCGAGGAUUUGACAUCUGCUUCAACGAGAAUCAAAUUCCUGACAGAUGGCAUGCUUCUCCGAGAGGCCCUUGUUGAUCCUCUUCUAUCGCGGUAUUCCGUGAUCAUGAUCGACGAAGCCCAUGAGAGAUCUCUUAGCACCGAUAUUCUUCUUGGGAUCGUGAAGAAAAUCAUGAAGAAACGUCCAGAUAUUCGCGUAAUCAUUAGCAGUGCAACCCUCCAAGCGGAGGACUUCCUACGCUUCUUCGCGGGUGACGAAUUUCAUCCCGAUGCCGAGUCGGGUGAAUUUGGUGGCAGUGUCGGUAGAAUCAUUAGCCUGGAAGGAAGAAUGUAUCCUGUCGAUACAUUAUUCCUUGAAUCGCCUGCCGAAGACUAUGUCGAGAGGAUGGUCAAGACUGUAUUCGACAUUCAUACACAAGAAGCCGAGGGAGACAUACUCGUUUUCCUUACUGGGAGAGAAGAGAUCGAUCGAGGCAUUCAGUUAAUAUCUGAACGAGCGGCGCAGCUUCAUCCCCAGGAAUCCUCCCUUCUGACAUUACCACUCUAUGCGGGUCUUACCACGGAUCAACAGAUGUAUGUCUUUGAACCAACACCUGAAAGUACCCGAAAGGUCAUACUGUCCACCAAUAUUGCCGAAGCCUCGGUGACAAUCGACGGUAUUGUGUAUGUCAUAGACUGUGGCUUCGCUAAGCUCAGGGCAUACAAUCCUAGCACCGGUAUUGAGACCCUGACCGCGGUGCCAAUAUCGAAAGCAUCUGCUACUCAACGUGCAGGUCGUGCAGGCAGAACAAAGCCUGGAAAAUGUUUUCGCUUGUACACUCAACAAACAUAUGAACAGCUGCCCGAGGCAACCAUCCCGGAAAUCCAACGCUCCAACCUCGCUCCUAUCGUUAUGCAGCUCAAGGCCCUUGGAAUUGACAACAUAGUUCGGUUUGACUUUUUGACAUCGCCCCCGGCUGAACUUGUGAUACGUGCUUUUGAACUUCUGUAUUCCCUUGGUGCAGUGGAUGACUAUGCAAAGCUCACAAAGCCACUGGGAAUGCGAAUGGCUGAACUAGCCGUUGAUCCGAUGAUGGCGAAGGUACUCCUUGCGGCAUCUUCAUUCAAAUGUCUCAGCGAGAUGCUUUCCAUUGCAGCCAUGGUGAGCCUUCAAGGGACAGUGUGGGUGCAGCAUGACGGGGACAAGAAGACCGCGGAGAGCCAUCGACGCAAGUUCGCUGUCGAAGAAGGUGACCAUUUGACAUAUCUGAAUGUAUAUCAAGCAUUUGUUACGAAGGGCAAAAAAGAUUCGAAAUGGUGCCGGGAUAAUCUCCUAAAUUAUAGAGCUCUCCAGCGUGCGGUCAGCAUCCGUGGACAACUCAAGCGAUAUCUCGAACGGUUCGGUAUCCAGGUCGACGAAAGCCUUUCAUCUCGCCAAAAUGGCGCCCCAAGUCUGAGCGCGCCUCCCGAGCAGCUUCAACGAUGUCUGGCAACUGGAUAUUUUGCGCAUGCAGCAAAGAUGCAGCCAGAUGGUACAUUUAAGACAGUCAGCGGUGGACUUACUCUACAUGCUCACCCUAGCUCCUUGAUGUUUAACCGCAAAGCUGACUGGGUGGUCUUCCAUGAAAUUAUGCAAACGGGCGAUAAAACAUACAUUCGAGAUAUUACCAAGAUCCAAAAGAGCUACCUGUUAGAAUAUGCGCCCGAGUACUAUAAAGUCACAUGA